AUGAAUGCUGAUACUAUGGAUGAAGAGCAUGAAGAGGAGCACCAGCAUACAGUUGGAAACGAUCAAGAAACAGAUUCUAUGGAACAGUCGGAACUAAAUCCUGAACAGGAGAUCCAAACGAAGCAACCAGAAAUGGAUGAGGAUGAUAUUGCUGAAAUGAGCAUGAUCGCUGCACAGAUUGAAAGUGCCGAAGACUUCAAUCUCACUUUUGAGGCAGUGGAUACUUCUGAACUACACGAAGAGGAGAUUUCCAAAGGCAAAGGUAAACGGCGACGUUCGAAAGAUGUCAGUCCAUUGUACGUUAGCGAUCGGGAAGAGAUUGAAGAGUUCCUAGAGGAAGGAAUUAACGAUUCAGUAGUAGAGAAAGCGAACACAUCAGUAGCCGAGCUCCUUCUGAGCGAAUGGGGCAGCCCAAAGGUGGAUCCGAAACGAUUGAGGACACCCUCCCUUCCGCCUGCGGAGAUGAAGUCGGAAAAGGACAAAGGAUUCCUCAGUACUCCCAAGAGUCGUCAGCCGUUGAAGGACCUGGUACAGCGUUCAUCCAGCAACAGAAAACGCUUAUCUAGUUCCUCAAGUGAAAGUAAUGCACUAUCGCCGUGCCGAAAAAGAGGAUUUAGUACUUCGAAAGACGAUGAGCAGAAUGAAACCUCUAGAAAAGUUUCUUCGAACAUUUUGAAGAAUAGUCAUAUUCCAUCGCCAACGAAGGUACUGAAAGCUCGUAAUGUGUAG